AAAAAAAUAUAAGUCAAAACAAAGCACAAUUUGUUUUUUAAACGAUAAAAACAAUUCCAAAAGCAAAAAUUUCAAUUCAAGGGAUUUCUUAAUUAUAUUUCCUAGCAGUUUGCUUCAAUAUGGGCUAUAUUCAUUUUCCUACUCAAUUCACCGAAGAAGAAUUAAUGCUGCAAGCUAAAUAUCAAAAAUUAAAAAAAAAGAAAAAAGCUCUACAAGCGCUUAAAGCACCGGAACCAGAAAAACCUUUGGCUUCUAAAAGACCAGCAGAUGCGAGAGAUGCUAGAGAAGUAGCUAGAAAACUUAUUAAGAGUGGUGCCAUUCCAGCUAUUCAAAAGCAACAAACAAAACAAGAUCAAACAUCAUUUAAAAGACCGAAGGGACAAGAAAGAAAACGAAUUCAAACAGAUUCGAGCAUAUCUUCGUAUCAACCAUUUUCUUCAACCCAAAACGAUGUGCAAGACACAUUAAGUGAUAUGAUCAAUGAUAAAGAACCAAAUCGAAUUCAAAAUUUGUAUCAACAAUUUGCUGAAAUCAGAGACCGAGAUGAAAGGGGAUUGAAUGAUAGAAAGGGAGAUACAAAUCGUGGUGAAAAACCUCGUGUUGGCAAUACAAUUUUUGUGUCUGGAAACAAAUUGACGGAAGAAUAUUUAAAAAAACAUUUUGCCGAUUUUGGCACAAUUGUAAAUGUUUCCAUGGAAAUAGAAAAAUGUCGGGGAUUUGUUACAUUUUCUAAGCCAGAGUCAUCUGAAAAAGCUAUAAGUGAAAUGCACCAAAAAAAUAUAGGUGGUAUACAGUUACAAGUUCAAUUGGCUAGAAGGCAACCACAAAUUAAUCCAAUUAAUGACGCAUCAUCUUCUGCAGUGUGGGCUACUUUAGCUGCAAGUCAAUCUCAGAAAGGUAGUCAUAAAGAUAAAAGAGAAAUGGUUACGUAUGACGAAGACUUUUUAAUGGAUUAGACUUUAAAUUUUCCUCAUGUUGAGUGUAAACAAUAUUUUUAACAUCGUAAACAAGAACAAUAAGAUAUUGAAUAAAUCCUUGAUUUGGUAGUCUCCGUGUACUGCAAAAAUGAUAGCAAAAUUAAUUCUCUUAAAAAAAUAUGAACAUAAAACAGUUCGAUCUUAAAAUAAGUUUAAUUAAUAAACAAGAAUUACUCUUUUCAAAUAAAUAAAUAAAAUAACAUUUGAAAAUAAAAAAAUGUUGAUAUCAAAUUAAAUAAACUUUGUGAAAAGAAUCGAAAUAAAACACAAAUUUGA